GCCCAGCGAGAUCCGUGGACCGUGCCCUGCCGCCGGCACCUUCCCCUUCCUCGCUCCUCGCCGCCUCUUCCGUCCUGUUCUGGCCACGCCGGCUGCCCGUCCGCACCAGAUUGCCGACCACCGCACGAGCGCCCUCCAUGCUUCUACGCUCCGCGCCGCGCCGCCUCCACCUCCUCCGCCCGCACCACCUCCGCCUCCUCUCCGCCGCUGCGCUCGCCUCCGCCGCACCGGCCCCGGUCCCGCCCCAGGCCCCCACCGAGUGGGCCGAGGCGCCCCUCGCCACCGUCCGGCCGGCCACCGCCGACGCCUCUCUCUACCACGUCUCCCUCGACCUCUCCGCGCACGGGGACCUCCUCGCCUCCCACGCCGCCGCCGGCCAGUUCCUCCCCUUCCGCCUCCCCGCCGCGCCCUACCCCAUCUUCCUCGCUAUCGCGUCCCCGCCUCCGUCGCCCGGGUCCUCCUCCGCCGCCUUCGACUUCCUCGUCAAGCGCCUCCCAGGCACCCCCUCCGCGCGGCUCUGCGACCUCCGCCCCGGCGACCUCGUCCGCGUCGGCGCCAGCGUUGUCGGUCGUGGGUUUGAGGUUGCCAGGAUAGCCGACGCCCGUGACGUUCUCGUCUUCGCCACCGGAUCCGGGAUCAGUCCUAUUCGGUCACUUAUUGAGUCCGGUUUUGUUGAAAACAAUAAAACUGGCUUAAGCCUCUUUUAUGGGGUUAGAAAUCUUCAAAGGAUGGCAUAUCAGGAGAGGUUCAAUGAUUGGGAAGCCAAAGGAGUUAAAAUUGUACCUGUCCUCUCAAGACCAGACUGUCAAUGGACAGGCGAGCGAGGUUAUGUCCAGAAUGUUUUCUCAAGGAUGAAGAAUAUUGUAAACCCUUCAUCAGUGGGAGCAAUUUUGUGUGGACAUAAACAAAUGACUGAGGAAAUUACAAGAGUUCUUGUUGCCGACGGUUUGUCAAAAGAUAGAAUCCUUACUAACUUCUGACCACCAGUAGGAUGCAGUUCCAGCCAUUUUGGAUGCUGUACCAUUUUUGUACUACGAUCGAGCAGUUAUUCUUACAGCAAGUGCUUACAAAUAAUGCUCUGAUUGCUGAGUGCCUGAUGUAAAUCUCAACAGCCACUGGGCAUCUGGACCAAAGGCUCUAGUUGAGAAAAUGUUUUGUAGCAUCUGAGACUAGUUCCUCUUCAACAGAAAGCCCCCUUUUGGAAAAAAUAAAAAAAAGGGGACAUAGUAGAAUUAUUUUCAGUUAUUAUACCGUAAAAUACGUGCGCUGCACAUUCCUUUUGCAGCACUGAGAUUUUUGUGUAUAUUGUCCAAAAUUUUUGAAUGAAUGAUGAUGCAUGUUGUUUAA